AUCACUGUGGGCGGUGAGCCCUUUAAAUGGGGGGAGUGCCAUGCUGUUUGGCCUCUUGCCGGGGAGUUGGUAAUCAGGCAGGGAGAGGAGGCUGGGGAACCACACUUGCCCUGCUUGCUCACCUGCUGUCACCAGAUUUCAAGGGCGCCUUGUGUGUGCUGGGGGGAGGUAGAGAUGGCAGAUUACCUGAUCAGCGGGGGGACCUGCUAUGUGCCGGAUGAUGGGCUCUCAGCUCAGCAGCUCUUCGGAGCCGGAGAAGGGCUCACCUACAAGUGAGUGGGGAGGGAUGGGGGCAUGCUGGCUCCUUAAAGGGAUCUGCUCAAGGUCCAGACAUGGGGGCAGAGUCACUCUGCUCUGCAAAACCUACCUGUCUCAGCAAGCUGGGAUUUCUUCUACAGUAGUUAUCCACUAGCACCACUGCUAGAUAGUAUUAUCCAGUGCUGGGGGUCUCCACUCCUACUGGGGCACUACUGCCAUUACUCCCAGGCAGCCCAUGGAGCCUAACAAUGCCAGCUGAUAGUAUCCAACCAUGAUUGUCCUAGUUCAUAGGGAAUGACCUUCAAUGUACCAGUCACACAGCCACAAAAUACGCGGGCUUACAGUUCAUUAGGCUACAUUAUUAUCAUUAUGUAUAUAUAUAUAUUUUUUUUAUUAAAAAUAUUUUGUGUCGUGGAGCAUUUGGGUCGGAUUUCAUAGGCACCAUCCUAUACCGUCACACUGUGCCAAUACUUAGUAAAUGCUGCUAAUAAGUAAAACGUGGGGGGCAAGAUUCUAACAAUGAAGCAAUCACCACAACACACGAUAGAAUAGUCACCAGGAACAGUCUAGCAGUUACGAAAUUUUACUCAACUUUUCUCUUAGUUGCCCCCCCCCCCCCCACACCCCUCCACCUUUGAUUGGCAGUUGGGUUUUGGGUUUCAUUGUCACAUUCCUAUUUUAAAUCUACGUUUGUUGCUUUUAACCUCAAUAAAAGGAGGGCAGACAGGUUUCAGGAUUUUAGAGUUUAGGUAAACCAAGAUCUCUUCAUCAUGACUGCUAGAGUUUAUAAAAGAAGGACCCACAGUAAAUUAAAUAGUUGCAUUGAACUACUUUAUCCUUCAUUACAGCUUUGUUGACUGUUACUGAUUGACUAGGGCCACUAGUCUUUCUACUUUCUUAUCAUUAUUUAAAUAGUGUCUUUGAUCCCUAGGUGUAAUCUGAUAAGAGUUUGUAUACAACAUAUUUUGAGUUAGAUAAAGCUACAAAACAGCCAAAAAGUUUAAUGUAAUUACAGCUCUUUCUAAAGUAGGUCCAGAACCUAAAGGCUGCAUAAUAAGUUUGAACUACAGAUGUUUUUAUAUUAAAAAAACAAAAACUACUUUAUGAAUAUUCAUCUUUUAUUUCAUUUUGUAAAAACAAGUGUUUAGAUCACACUACCAGAGUUUGGGGGUGGCGGGGGGGGAAACACACUGAUCUGGAUAAUUAUUCCAGUUUGGCUCUUUUUGUCAAAUCAUUUAGAAUUCCUAAGUCUUUACAGUUUGGAGAAUAACCCAGUAAGUAUUCACAUGUGACAGAGCAAUAAUGCAUGGUUACCCAUUUUCCAAAACAGAGUGUUGUUAAAUUUGUAGCCCUUGCUGUACAUACUAGUGGAACUUGGAAGGUACUUAUUGUGACUGUGCAAAGCAUGAUGCAUCACAUUUAGAAACAGAUCCUAUUUCAGGAAGUAGAGUGAAAAAGCUUUGAUGUCAGAUACUUAGCCUCUGUCAUUCUGACCCAUUCCACUUAAUUCAAUAAAGCACUGUCUGAGCCCCAUUAACGGUGACAGUCUGCACUGGACCACUUCCGAAUAUACUGUUUAUGAUCAGGAUAUAAAAUUAUGUUUUUCAGUAAACAUUUAAGUAAUGACUUCAUUUCUGAUCUUUCCACCAGCAGUCUACAUUAAGUUUUUCAUUUUACGUAUGCAUUUAUUUAUUGCUGCACAAUAACGUAUAUCCUCAAUAAACCUCAAAAAGGGAACCAACACAGAGAUAAGAGUAGCUUUAUAAUCUGUCCAUAAAAGUGUCCAUUAUGCAUUUUUAUUUUUUUUAACUUAUUGCACGUGGUGCCCCCUUCUUUCAUUCAGUAAUGUCUGAUGUCACAGCAACCUUCUGAAAAGACACAAACGAUAUCAUUUUUUUCCAGACCAAUUUGUAUUUCCCAGCAUUGUGAAAUGCGUUGCAUAAUUGUAAUGGCUCUUCACUCAAAAGAAUGUGGCAUCUUUACAUUUUAAUAUUUUUUUAUAUAUGACAGUGCUGUAUCCUCUGAUUAGGGUAUUCCGAACAUCCUUGUCAAUAUUUAUAGGGUUAUUUUUUAAAUCAGACACUUAUGGGAAUUAACCAGGAACCAAAUUUUAGGUCAAUAUAGUCACAUGAAAAACUCUAUAACUCAAUUUAUCUUUGCUAGCUCAGGAAAUGUAACCUAAAAUUCACUGGUCAGCUCCAAAGCAUUUCAACUUUAAUAAAUAAACCUUUUAGGGCAUGAUAAGGGUACACCUGCUACUCCCAUCAGUCUUGGCUAGGCAAAUCCUUACCGUCUGAUUCUAGUUAGUCUACUGAAUCGUUCGUGUCCACUCUGUGAGAUGGGAUCUAUGGGAAUCUUACAGGAUCCUUUAUACACGUCCGUGAUGCUCCUUUGCAGCUCCUGGCAGAUGAUGUGCUAGGAGCUGACCAUAAAAAAUGGCAGUGACUACCUAUCUUUAAUUGCACAGCCACUGGACCUUAACAAGAGCUGUCACAUUUGGGGGUCUUUGCAAAAUAUAGACAUUUUAAAUCCUGUUAUUAGAAACAUAGAAUGUGAUGGCAGAUGAGAAACAUUUGGCCCAUCUAGUCUGCCCAAUUUUCUAAAUACUUUCAUUAGUCCCUGGCCUUAUCUCAUAGCUAAGAUAGCCUUAUGCCUAUUCCAUGCAUUCUUAAACUCCUUCAACCCCUGCUCAGGUUUAAUUACCAAACUCACACCCCAGAUGGGACUUGAAUCCACAAUCCCUGGCUUAGGAGCCCAGUGCCUUUUCCAUUAGGCCACUGGGGCUUGAUGUACAACUUAAUCUUCAAGGACAUGGAGCACCCACGAGCAGAUAAGCUGUGGUGGCACCCAAUUAUAUUGUCAGAGUGAAUUUCUAAGACCAUUCAUUUAUUUAAGGGCUCCUGAGAAAUCAGCUUUUUUAAUAUUUUUGUUUAGUUUUAAUUUUGUGAUUUCCCCAUUACAAACUGCUAAUGUUUAAUUUUGAUUUUUUUUCCCCCCCAGUGACUUUCUCAUUCUCCCUGGGUACAUUGACUUCACAGCAGAUCAAGUGGUAUGUAUCAGGACCAUUUAACCAAACAGUAGUUAUAAAACCACAUGCAGUAAACAGAUCCUAAAGUUUUCUGUUAAGAUGCCCUGUCUUGUCUUUUCCUUUUUAUAUUUUAAUAUGGUAAUUUAAAAUUACAUUGUGGAUGACUGUGUUCUGGUUUUUAUCAUUUUAAGGACCUCACCUCGGCUCUCACCAAGAAAAUAACCUUGAAGACACCCAUGGUUUCCUCACCGAUGGAUACAGUAACGGAAGCUAAUAUGGCCAUCGCUAUGGCGGUAAGUUCCUAAAUCAAGAUUGUGUCUGAGCAACAAGACUGUCACUGGCAUAUUUGGUAGAUUGUCUUGUUUUUUUAGUUUCUUAUUUACUGUAUGUACAACUCUGCAAUGAUAUACGUUUUGUUAGCUAUAUGGUGUUUUAGUUUGGAGUUUGUUUUACUUUGAUCUUGAGCAGGAAGCUGUUUGAACUACUAAAGCUACUAAAAGUGAUGAGCGUGCAAAAUAAUAUCUUCCCCUGGUUUACUAAAUUAAAGCAAAUCAAGGCCAAAUAUUGCAUGCUUAGUUUAAUAAAAUAUAUUUUUAUGCUUAUUUUGUUUUUGUUUUUUUGUUAAGGCUUUUGUGUAGAUUUAUAAAUAUUCCGACACCUUAUGUUAAUGCUAAAGCCAAUUUUGUUUCGGUAUUAGGUUUCCUUUUUAAUUUUAGGUUUUGAUCAGGAACUAGCAGUGGCUGCUUACAUGAUCAUCUUGGUUUUACUUUCUGUCUAGCUAACAGGAGGCAUUGGAAUUGUACACCAUAACUGCACACCAGAGUUCCAAGCAAACGAAGUUCGCAAAGUAAAAGUAAGUAUGGUGUGUAGACACUGUAAUAACCACUACCGUCUCCUUAGACUACUUUUAAUGAUGGCAAUGUCUAAUGUUGGUACCUUAGCUUCAGAGAAGGAUUAAGGCAGGUUACCACUUUUGCUCCCCUCCCCCUUUUCAUUCAUUUACAUGGGGAUGGCUAAAAGGGCCAAUCAAAUUCAUGAUUCGGGGGCCAAUGUCUAAUCUUUGGUCCCUAGACGGCUGCCUAAAGUUACCUUAUGGCUAGUCCUAUUCUGCUCAGUUUUUUGAAUUACAUUUCCCAUGCUGCUUAUGGAACCUAAGCAUUAUGUGAAAUGUAGCUCUCAAAGAUUAGCCAUUGAUGUAUGAUAUUUUGAGAAGGGGUGUAAAACUUUGCAUUCCAAUUGGGGUGGGUGUACCAUGCUGUCCUUGGGGACUCGGCUCUAAAUGCCGGUGGGCGGCAUAAUACAUCCAUGCUGUCCUUCCCACUUACCUGGUCGCUGGCGAUCCACCUAUGUCUGAUCCGGCUCUCCUGGGCCAUGUGGACGCAAGGUCCUUGCAGGCAGGAAUGACAGUGCCUGUAAUAAAGUUAAAUAAAAGUUAAAAACGGUCUAAAGUGAAAUACUAUACACUUAGAUCAUAUAAAUAUAUAUAUAUAUAUACAAUUAUACAUAUACUAAGUGUAUUUCAAUAUUAAUAUAUAUAUAAUUAUAUAUAUAAAAAAUUAUCAAAAUACAUGUAGAAUGAUAUUAAUUAAAUGUGUAUAUAUAUAUAAUAUAAAUAUAUAAAUACGUUAAAAAUAAAAACAUGGUUUAAAAAAAUAUGUGUAAUUUCAUUCUAACUGUAUUUUGAUAAUAUAUAUAUAUUGAUAUCAAAAUACACUUAGAACGAAAUAAUAUAUCUAUAUACAUAAAUAUAUGUAUAUAUAACUAUAUAUAUAUAUAUAUAUAUAUAUAUAUAUAUCUAUAUAAAAAUAAUUUUAAAAAAUUAUAUAUAUAUAUAUAUUUAUUUUAAUUCUACAUAUAUAUUUAUGUAAAAUUUUACAUAAUUAAGUCAUUUUAUUAAUUACAAUGCUAGGGACCUGCCUGAUAAUCUAGACUGAAAGUAGAGAGAAUUAAAUUUUUUAGCACUGUAUUUAACCCUAUAACUUUCCAAGACACCAUAAAACCUGUACAUGGGGGGUACUGUUUUACUCGGGAGACUUUGCUGAACAUAAUUAUUAUUGUUUCAAAACAGUAAAAUGUAUUACAACAAUAUCAUCAGUCAAAAUGCAUUUUUUUGCAUUCUUCAUACACAAACGGCACACUGUCAAUAUAAUUGUUGAUAUGUUUUACUAUUUUGAAAAACUAAUAUUUGUGUUCAGCGAAGUCUCUCGAGUAUAACAGUACCCCUCAUGUACAGGUUUUAUGGUGUUUUCAAAAGUUACAGAGUCAAAUAUAAGGCUUGUGUUUCAGUUUUUUCACAUUGAAAUUAUCCCGAUUGGUUACGUUGCCUUUGAGAGCGUAUGGUAGCCCAGAAAUGAGAAUUACCCCCAUGAUGGCAUACCAUUUGCAAUAGUAGACAACCCAAGGUAUUGCAAAUGGGGUAUGUCCAGUCUUUUUAGUAGCACUUUAGUCACAAACACUGGCCAAAAUUGGCGUUCAAAUUAGUUUUUUGCAUUUUUCACACACAAACAAAUAUUACCGCUAACUUUGGCCAAUGUUUGUGACUAAGUGGCUACUAAAAAAGGCUGGACAUAUACCCCAUUUGCAAUACCUUGGGUUGUCUACUAUUGCAAAUGGUAUGCUAUCAUGAGGGUAAUUCUCAUUCCUGGUCUACCAUAUGGUCUAAAAGGCAAGGUAACCAAUCUGGAUAAUUUCAAUGUGAAAAAACUGAAAUAUGUAACAUGCUAUAUUUGACUCUGUAACUUCCCAAAACACCAUAAAACCUGUACAUAGGGGGUACUGUUUUACACGUGAGACAUCGCUGAAUACAAAUAUGUGUAUUUUAUUGCAGUAAAAGCAAAUAGUGUUAUGACAUUCAUAGUUAAAAUUACAUACAGAACAAAAAAAAAAAAAAUCUUAAUUUCUCAAUUUUUACAUUUUUUUAUUUAUAUUAAAUUUUUUCAUAGCUAAAUAUUUGAUGUUAAAUGAAAGCCCUGUUUCUCCUGAAUAAACUUAUGUAUAAUAAGUGUGGGUGCACUUAAUAUGAAAGAGGUGAAUUACGGUUGAACAGACAUAUAGUCAAAUUCCAAGUUUUGUUUACAUUUUAGUUUGAUCAAAACUUGUACAUUUGGCUCAGUCCUCAAGGGGUUAACUUCCCAUAAUCUCCUGUUAGACUUGGAGUAGCAGAUGAUCGUGGUUUAGCCUGCUAUAUGACUCUGUGUUGUGGCACAUAUGUCGCCUAACAUUUGGAAUAUAUGGUCUGACAUUGGUGGACAUUAUUUAUUUUAACUGUUUUAUGUUGGUUUCUCUCUUUUCCUUGUAGAAAUAUGAGCAGGGUUUCAUCACAGAUCCUGUUGUGUUGAGUCCCAAACACAGAGUGCGAGAUGUAUUUGAGGCAAAAGCCCGGCAUGGCUUCUGUGGAAUACCAAUCACAGACAAUGGGAAGAUGGGCAGCAAACUGGUAGGAAUAAUCUCAUCCAGAGACAUAGAUUUUCUGAAGGCGGAGGAGCACGAUUCGGCUCUUAGUGAGGUGAGUCCCAGCCAAUGACUGAGUUUGCAAAAUGCAUAGUAUGUGCUGAUUAAUGGCUAUCCUCUCCUAAGGAGGAAUUACCAUUAAGUUUUGUGAUGUUGGCAACAAAAAGGCUUUUUGUAUAUAUUUAAAUAUAUACAUUCAAGUGCAUUCUCGAAGAGUUGCACAGCUCUGUAUAAUUACGGAUUUGCUAUUUUACCCUAAAUUUUUCAGUUUGUUUUUUAAUUAAUUCUCUAGCACAUUAACCACAGUGCUUAUAUUUGCAAAAAAAUAAUAAUUUUUCUUUCUUGUGUGUUUUCAGAUUAUGACAAAACGGGAAGAUCUUGUUGUUGCUCCCGCUGGAGUUACCUUAAAAGAAGCCAAUGAAAUCUUGCAAAGGAGUAAAAAAGGUUUGUAUGUGUAAUAUUUCUCUCUUUCUCCCCUCCGCUUUUUGCUUGGUAUUUCAGAGUUAUGUUCAUAAACGUGGCUCAUAUACGCCCGCAAAUAGACACACUGAAAUCUCAAAAUAGUCACAAACAGGACGUGCAGGAGCUACAUUUAUAUGCCGAGUAAAAGCAUAUACUUUCAAUCGUGCCCAUUUCUUAGUAUUUUGGGGUUAAAUGGCUUUGCACGUGGAGCAUUUUGGUGAUCGUAAAUGAUCUUCCCUUGUUUUAGGCAAGCUACCUAUUGUUAAUGAGGAUGAUGAACUGGUCUCCAUUAUUGCUCGUACUGACCUGAAGAAAAACAGAGAUUACCCACUCGCCGCCAAAGAUUCAAAGAAACAACUGCUGUGUGGUGCGGCCAUUGGUACACACGAAGAUGAUAAAUACCGGCUGGAUCUCUUGGUGCAAGCUGGGGUAGACGCUGUUGUCCUUGUAAGUCCUGCACAACCUAUAGGGUUCAUUCAAAAUCAUUUUACAGUUGAUGCAGAAAAGUCACGUUUUGGGGGAAAAUACUAAACUGAAAUCCACACAAAUGUAUAAGCUGAACAAAAAAGAGAUGUUUUAUCAUAAAAUGUGUUUGAUGAUAAAACACCUCUUGUGUAUAUUACAAAACAUUUAAUGAGUGAGGUAAAAACAAUAUAUAUAUCAAAUGCAUUAAAGUUCUAUUGGGGUCUGGAGUAUACCUUUAAUACUCCUUAUUGUCCUCUCUUUGAAAUUUACAUUUUUUCUUUUUUACCAUGUUUAUUGUUUUUAUUCAAUUGACGAAAUGCCAGAUUACAAAAGAUGCAUUGACAAGUCAAAACAGUAAUGUCUGAUUUAAUGAAGAUAUCCACAUGGUAGAGUAUAUUUAUACAUCACUUUUUUGUUUUCUGUAUAUGUUUAACAUUGAAAACAGUGGUUUAGACAACAUUUUAGCACCUAAACAGUAAAACAAUGAGGUGUGGUGAGUGAGGGUGGGGGUAUGCAUGGGAAAGGUAACUGGUGGGAGAGUAAGGGCGAGGGGGGAGCCGGGCUGCUACAACUUGGUUGAGUGAUUCAUUGUCUAUUGGACAAUAUUCUUUAAAAUUUCACUAAACUUUCUUGAAUGCAAUGUAACAUUUUUCUAUAGUGUUUCUAAAUUGAGGCGAGUCUUGAUCUCGUUGAGUAAUAGUGAGUUUGCCUUUUCACUUUUGUGCUGUUGUUUUUUUUGCUGCCGUAAGGAUAUGAAACGCUAAUAGCUUCUGAGGCCCCUUUGCUUCUAUAGGUAGCAUAUCUAGGAGGACCAUUUCAGGAGAUGCCGGGAGAUUAAUGUGUUUUUUUUUUUUUUUUUAAUUAGGAUUAGAUGGAUGGACAUGUCCUGAAAAUGUGUAGAAUUUUCUGGAUGUUACCCUAGAUUUAUGACCUCUCCAAAAUGUAUCAGAUGUUUGAGGGUAUACAUGUCAGUUUGGAGGGUACCAUGUACCAAAUUUGUUGCUCUUUUCAAAGUGAUUCGUGCAUUUUGAAGUUUUGUACAUCUGUAACAUCGCGUUUUGCCAGGUUGCUAAUGAGAAUAUCUGAUGUAGGUUUUUUUCCCACCUAAUCAUAUAGCGUAGCUUCCCCGCUGAUCUCAUUGUGAGGAGUUGGCGGUAGCUAGCAGCAAGCGGUUUGGAGUGUGAUUUGUGGUUUAAAAUUAUUUAUUGAAAAUCAUUAAGUCCUGUAAGUGUGGAGGCUGGAUUUUUUGAGAUUUCAAUAGAUGUUGAAUAUGCAGGAAUGGGAAUAUUUUGUUAGCGGGAAGGUUGUGUAGGCAUGUCAAUUAAGGGAAUAGUAAGAGGUCUGAUUCAGAAUACAGUUCAUGGAGGUUCUUAAUUCCUGCUAUUUGCCAAUUAUUCAGUUGCAAGCUAUGGGUUAAGUGUUUUUUUGACGGUUGGGAAGUGUUCAGAUAACUCAUUAACGAGUACUGAUUUAGAUGCCGUAUCAGAAAGUGGAGAUAGCAUGGAAUCUCGGCUGCCAAUUUGGAUUAGUAGAUUAAGCGCAGGUUGUCUUGGUGGUUCAGUGUGAUUGUCUGUAAGUUUGAGAGGGUUUGUAUACUUUCCUUGGUGCCAUUUGGGUUGAGGUGAGGGCCCCACAGUGAGUCAGGUAGGAGAGAGGUUGCAGGACAUAGCUUAGCUCAAAUGCGUGCGCACAGGUCCGUGGUCAGCAGCCCCACCUCAAUUUUUUUUUUUUUAUUUGUUUGUUUCGUGUUUAAUAUUUCUAACAAUUAUGGCUGUCACCUGAUAUAUGAAACACCUUAUGUGUGCUCGUCUAGAGUAGGAAAUAAUGGGAAUUAAUUGAUUUCAUGUUUCUGUACACACGUGGUGUAUUGGAAUAUAUUUUCUUCAAUUACCAUUUUGUAACCAAGCAUGUUUUUUAUAACUGUUUUUAUACUCCAAAUGCUAAAAAUCCUCCAAACGCUUCUGCAGCUCAGAGUUAAGUGUUACCAGGUUAACCAGGUUAAGAUUGGAUUUUCACUAAAGUGAGAAUUUUAAACAAAUUUUCAAGUUUUAAGCCAAAUUAAAAUUAAUUUUUUUUUUCCAUGUCAGAUAGGUUAUCAUUUAGAUUAUUUUGAAUUAAUUUAAAAUUUUGUUAUAAACAAUUUAGAAAUUCUAACAUACAUUUGUGAACAACUCUGAGUCGUUUUGUAUGUUAUUUAUUUAUUAUUUAUUAUUGCAAUUUAUAAAGCGCACACAGAUUCCGCAGCGCUGUACAAUUAGUUGAGAAACAUACAAUAUACACAAACAAAUACAAGAGGUAAGAGAGCCCUGCCCGUAAGCUGAUAUCUAGCCAUUGGAGCUCUUUUAUGCAAAGUGCUUAGCUAGAUGGCCCUUGAGCUUACAAUCUAAAGGAUACCAGGGGGAUUUGAGACAAAAGGUAGCAGGGGAAGUUUGGAGGUGAUGGCUGAAAGAGUUAACAGAGAAGCAGCUAUUGGUAAGAUGUUAGGGCAAUGAACAGGUAAUUGGGUGAGAAUCUCGAAUAGCUGGAGGAGCAUGCUAUAUAUUUAAGGGGAGCCUGGGUGGGCGGGUUGGAAGUGGGGAGAAAAAAUGCAGUCUUCACUGAGUUGAUUGUGAAGUGAGGCCUGAGGAAUGGAGAUAGAACAAUUAAUGAAGGUAUUUAUGACAGGGGAGGGGAGGGGAGAAGGAGAGUGUGAGAGGGGGAGGGAGGGGGGGCAGAGUAGGCAUGUGUUAUAGACUAUUGAAAAGUUUAGCAAUCAAAUUCUAUCACCCAAAAUAUUAAUAACUGUCUACAUGAAAUAUUGGUCACAAACAUUAAAUGACAGUGGUACACACUGCAUGCACAUAACAUUACAGUGGCAAACUAGAGGUAUCAAUUGUAACAACUCUAUAGUAACACAUGAGAAUUUUGUAGCAAUCCAGUAAUACGGGAGGUGGAGUAUCUUCCAAGCUUCAGUCAGUACCUGAGAGUGAUGGGUGUUUCUGCAGGAUGGUAAAUGCAGUCUUCACUGAGUUGAUUGUGAAGUGAGGCCUGAGAGUGAUGUUCAUUUGAAAAUCUUUGUUUUUAAGUUUGUAUUCCAUACUGGCCCUGGAAACCUGGUCAGAUAGCUUAUGACCUGAGGUCACUAUUCCUUUAUGUGCUAAACCUGAAAAUAGCUGGGCAGAGGAAGCACAUGCCUGAGGCCAGGGCUAGUCAUUUGAUGACUAUUUGUGUUUUUUAUGGACAUGUAGAACAACUGAAGGCAAAAGGUGAUGUAACUACAUACUGUUUAUGUCAUUGGCCAGAAUUCCCAGCAGCAUAGCCAUAUACUUUGUAAGAUGAAUCUCUGUGCUUUGAAUUUACAUUACUUAAAGGGGAAAUGUCCCUUACCGGGAUUUUAUAUUAUGUUUACUUAUCCCAAUAGUUUAUAUGUAUUUCUGAGCUGUGAACAAGACAAAUGUAGGGGGUUGGGGCCUGGCUGCCGAACUGUCUGGUUGCUUUAAUCUUGAAUUUACCUCAACAACCUCCACUUUAUCUAAGCGAGAGAUGAUUAGCAUACAAUCCUGUUACACCCUGACUCUUCUUGGCUUCCUGACGAGCGACCUGAGCUUCAAACACUAUUGCAGCCUACCUGUGGGAGCAAGUGUAGGAGACAUGGCCGAUUUCUCGGCUGGCUUACCUGCUGGAACAUGUGCACGUCAGUACACUCCCACUCCCACCCCCCCGCCGGUGGGCUUUAUCCCGGUGCCAUCUUCAUGACCUUUUCGCACAAGCUUGAGGAGAGGCGAAGAGAAGAGAAGUUAGCCUGCCACAACACUUACUUCCCAAAGCCAAGUGCAACGUUAUGGUCAUUAGACAUGGAAAGAAAUGGGGGAAAGGGUCCCGACCUCUUUCCACACUUCUGAGUCCCGCACGGUCCAAGACCCUUUCCUGCAAUCCCAGGCUGAAGCCCUCGAGGGAGAUAAUCCCAGUGCCUAUCCCACACCCUUGCAGUAUGAUUCAGCGCUGCAAUCCUGUAACCACAGCCUUCCGAGAUCCUGCUCCCGAUACCCAGAGUGACCAGGGCAGUGGGAACUCCACACAGGCUCUUCAAGUGGCCUGGGGCCAGCGGAGGGGCCGAGCACGGACCUCUGGGACUCAGUCCAGAUAUGGGACACUUGUGGCAAGCGUUGGGGUUGGGUAAACCUGCGAAAAACAAAGCCUGGAUGCAUGUGGUACACAAAGCUACUUCGCCCCCAUAAUGCCCCAUACCGUGUGCCCUACCUUAAAUGUCCGGGCAAUCCACCCACCAGUGAUAAACCGUAGCAGGGUAGUAACUAUGUUCUCUGUUCAUCAGUGGUUAAAACUAUGCUCAAACCAUCUGUUAAUAUAGCCUGAUCAUUAUACGCUAUCACCAUGUCUAGUUAUAUGAUAUCAGUUAACAAUCCUUAUUAAUUGUAUUAGUUUUGUUUCACAUGUUUACUAUAAGCUUAGUUUAAUUUUAUGCAGCACCAUACUAUGUCCUGAUUGGAAGGCUAUCUCAGAUCUAAGCUUUUCUCUUCUACCUACAUAGGCACUAGUCCUGUUUGAUUCAUUAAGCUAUAUUCUACAGAUCAGGAUACAUAGAUAGAAACUAAUGCCCAAUGGAGCUGCAGUGGAACUACCCUCUAGACACCUACGCCUAGCAUACUGUUAUAAGCAUACUGUCAGUUUACUCAGCCUGACCAAUCUUAUGUUCUUUUUAAACUACAUACUAGAUUUAUUUGUCUGACUCAUUAUAAAGCAUCACCACUUCACUCUUAGUUACUAAUCUCAUGUCUAGCUAUGUUUCCAGUUGAUAUAACAUCUUUUGUCCAGUGAAGUAUUGCUUAGCCUGCUUAGUAAAAAACAAAAAUGUGCAACUUGUUCAUACUCCAUGGCAAUGUAUCUACUUGUACGUAAAUUCAUAGCUUGAUAAUGCUAAGAAAAAAACAAGACAAAUGUAGAAAGCCACACCCCUUUAUCCUACAACUGGGUGCCUCCAUCUUAAAGGUACACUGUAGGCACCCAGACCACUUCAGCUCAUUGAAGUGGUCUGGGUGCAAUGUCCCUUAACCCUUCAGUGGUAAUUAUGGUAGUUUCUGAGAAACUGCAAUAAUUACCACUGAAGGUUAAAUCCACCUCUAGUUGCUGUCUACCAAACAGCUACUAGCAGAACUUCCUGAAUUGAAACGGACCUUUGGUCCGUUAUCUGACACUGGACGUCCUCACACUCUGCACGAGGACUUCAAUGUCAGAUGAAUUUUUUCUAUGGGGAAAUUCUAAUGUGAGUGCGGCAAUCGCCGCACAUGCGCAUUAGUUCUCCCCCAUCAGCGGGGGUGGGGCGUGGGCGUUAGGGGUUUUAACUCCUUCAGCGCCGAGGGAGGGGGGCACUGUAGGCUUCUAUAGUGCCAGGAAAAUGGCUUUGUUUUUUGGCAUUAUAUAAUCCAUUUAACUAUCGGCCUUUUGCACAUGGCAGUUAUCAUAGAGGCAAGAUACAGAGAAGUGGAUAUAUGAAACAAUGUUUCUAGUAGUUUCCUUCCUUUGAAAUGUUUGCCCCGACUUUCCCGUGUCUGAUCUACAUUAUGAUGGCAUUUGCUAAAUUGAAAAGAAAAUGGAGUAUCGUAUAGAACAGAGAACACAGUGAUUUUAAAUGUUUUAUUCAAUGGUAGACAGUAGAAUUCCUUGUGUAUUAAUGUGCAUACUGAGAAUACAAUUUAUCUGCUGGUGCUAGAGGGGCACCAGAUGGAAAAUUCAGGACAUAAACUAGCCAAAAAAAAGCAUGACUUAAAGCUUGCCUACCUUGCCCUACCAUUAAUUACUUUUCUUUAUGGGUUUUGGAUCACUUGUGCGAUUACAGAGGAAACCUAUUGCAUAUUAGACUGGACUCACUACAGGGCAGUCUGAAAGGUCACUCAAGUCCUGUCGUCAGAUGAUCCUUUCGGACUGCCUUGCCGUUCUAAUAACACAAUAUAAAGAACUUUGUAAUGUAUUUGAUUCCCUGGCUGUUUGUUAAAUCUCUCUGUACUUGCCAAUGUGUUCUGGACAUAGCAUUAACCUGUAAUUAGAGAAUAGAUUGAUCUCCUGCCACAAUUUCUGCAUCCUGGGGCUAAGAAUAAAUUGUGUAGUAUAGAUUUAUUUUCUUAUUUUCUUUUCGUCUCAUUUCAGGAUUCUUCGCAAGGAAACUCAAUUUUCCAGAUAAAUAUGAUAAAGUACAUUAAGGAGAAAUACCCGGACAUGCAGGUCAUUGCUGGAAAUGGUAACUAUUACAUAUUGACAUAUUGCUUGAUAUAAAAUUGACUAGUUUUGUUGUCAAUAAUUUAAAGAUAUACAUGUUUAUUUGUCUUUGUAGUAAAGUACUAAAAAAAACCACACCUGUAUAUUUACAAUACUGUAUCGACACACUUAACUGCUAUCUGUCUAAAUUCAUAUUUAAGUAGAUCGAACAUACGGCAACUAAAAACCAGUACAAGGAAUUCUGGGGGAGAAUUGUGAAUGUGUAGCAGUUGUCAAGGAAACCAAUCGGUUGCUGGAAUUCUAGAACUUUGCCCAAAAAUUGCAGAGAAUGAACAGUCAUCCUGUUUAUAUCAAAUUGAUGGUUCUCAGUUGUCUCACGUGCAUUUAUAUUAGCUUAUCACAUGCCAGACUGUUGGAGAGUCUAGAGGAGUAAUUUCCAUUAUAAAUAGAACUUGUACACAAACACAUUCUAAUCUGAGAGUGCAGAAUCAACUUGAUUGUCGGGAACACAUGCUUGACCACAAGCCAGUGGUUUAUGGGAAGCACCUGUGCUAAAAGAGAAUAUUUAUUAAUUACAUAGGGAUCCAUUGCAGGUCCAUUUUGGUUGUAGGGGGAUCUUACAGUUCACCAUUAAUGUUUUUAUUUUGUUUUGGUUUUUUUGUGUAUUUUUUUUUUUUCCUUCAUUUCUCAGCUGCAUUAUUGUAAGAGUUAUGGUCAUGUUGUGCUGGGGGUUUUAUGGCUAUUGCAAUCCAUUUAAAUUGUUUGUAGAAUUGCCUUUCCUUUGGUGUUGGUUGGUUUUAGUAAGAGCAUUUAGCCACCAGUAGAAACAUUAUAUGCUGAAAAGGUAGUUAAUGCAUGGUAAUGUUCACUGUGCAUCUAUAUGCCCACUACCCAGUAAGCUUUCUGCGAUGAAAACCGUUAAAAUCAUGGUAUAAAGUUAACACAUGCUUUGCUGCAACCAGUUAAAUCUCUGAGAUAGUACUUUCAUUUUUCUUUAAAAUAUCUUUUAUUCCUUCCCCCUCCCCUCCAUCCCAGUGGUGACGGCUGCCCAAGCGAAGAAUCUAAUUGAUGCUGGAGCAGACGCCUUAAGAGUGGGAAUGGGAAGCGGCUCAAUUUGUAUCACACAAGAAGGUAAUGCCAUGUAUUUAUUCUGUAUUGGAUAAUAUUUUUCUCCCCGCUUCCUUCUCUGUUUUCUCGUAUUUCUGGUCCUCUUACUGUAGUUGAUUAGAAGGCAGACUACAUAUGUUAUCUUCCUCCAUACAUUCAGACAAAUAUUUUAUUUUAAUACAUUUAAAAAUAAGUAUAUCUUUAGUUAGAAAUUAAAGGGACACUAUAGUCACCAGAACAACUACAGCUCAAUGGAGUUGUUCUGGUGAGUAUGGUCAUUCCCUGUAGGCAUUCCUCAGACGGCCACUAGAGGGGCUCCCUGGGUCAGUGCUGACGUUCAGCAUCACCACAUCCUGCAUGGAGACACUGAACGUUCCUCAUAGAGAUGCAUUGCUUCAAUGUAUCUCUGUGCGGAUAUGCUGAAAUGGCCAGGGCAGCGUUUGGCUGAGACCUUCAGAAUUGACAAUCUCUGCCAAUCUCGGCUUUUUUAUGGUAAAGCAUUAUGAUUGACUGAGAUCAUCAAUUUUGAUGAUUUCAGCCAAAGUGGUGGGGCCAGAUGCAAGGAGCCCCACACGGCGCUGGUUAAAGGUGAGUAAUUCACCUUUCUCACCGUAGGUAAGGGGGCCGAUCACCUACAUGGUGGUUUUAGAACUGCUGUGUCAGGAAUACACGUUUGUGUUCCUGACACUAUAGUGCUCCUUUAACCCCUUAAGGACACAUGACAUGUGUGACAUGUCAUGAUUCCCUUUUAUUCCAGAAGUUUGGCCCCUAAGGCGUUGAAUGAAAUAACUUGUAUAUCCCACCUACCCUAUUGCUCUUGCCAAGUAUACCCAAAUGGUUAGAUAACCAUGGAAAUUAACUUUCACUUAUAGAACAUUUGACCAGUGAGAUUUGUGGUCCUCAAGUUGGCGCCAGCAUAUUCUGUGGAGUACUGAAUGCUAAUCAAUCUGGAUUUUACCAAACUGUAGGCCGUGGCCUGGAUUUAGUAGCUGCCAUACCAUAUUCCUUACAUGGAAGUAGUGCUGGGCUCAGCCCUUGCAAAUGAAUGUGUUUUAUUUUGUUUUUUUGUUUAGCUGCACCAACGAUACCUCCAGACCUAAAGUCUCACAGCCCCAAAUGCCCUUCUAGUGUGACAGGCACUUAUAGUAAGUUGCAAAGCCCAACCCUGACUGAGCCCAGAGGCCGCAUGGUCCUCUGCUGCACUCCCUAUUGCUUGAUGACUGAUAUGCUAGAUGCAGUUUGCACUUGGGGUUUUGCGGCUUUGGGAAUCUGGUUAGUAAAAAGGUGGGUGGUGGGGUAGGAAUGUGACUUGUCAUUGUGAAAGCAGGGUUCUAAAUUAUAAAUAUAUUCUAAUUACGUUUGUUCUCAAGUUCUGCCACUCACACUGUUCUCCUGUGUAAGUAUUUUAUAUCAUUUUUCCAUAUUUAUUAGAAAUAUCGGGGAUACUUUUGUUGCCUGAAGCAAAAAAAUAAAUUAGAAAAAUGCAGGCCAAUUUUAAAAGUAAAUGCAAACGCACCAAUAUGUACCCUUUAGCAGGAUUCAAGCUACCUUUCUCUGCCCUCAGCCAAGGAGAGGCGGGCUACCGAUGGUUGUUGUUGAAAGGCCAAUGCAUUUUCCUGACGUGGCAGAUAAGCGGCAGAUACUGCAACUGGAACACCUCUGUGUCUUUAAAUUUCUCUGAAUAAUCACUGCAUUUUCUCCCAUUUCAUUUUUCUUUUAUUAUUUUGAUGUGAACCCUGCUUUUUUGGGAAGUGUGUGCACUGUUCUAAUCCAUUGGCACAUAGAUUUGGGAGAUCCUGAUGCUAUGGAAUAGGAUAUCCCAAACCAUCUGUUGCCACAGCUCAGGAUUCAGCACAAAGGGUUGGUCUCGUAAGAGCUCUAUAAAUACAUUCAGACUAAAACGCCGGCUGCUUAAUUUGGCAGAGAGGCUGCUAAUUAUAAAUCACGCAGCUUUGUUUGCUAGAUAUCCAUGUGUGGUGUGAGAUAUUAUAGGCAGUCUGUAACUUUAACAGUGCUUGGCAUUGGCGUGCAGAGCAUGUCAGUGUAUACAUGAUUUGUGAGAUGUAUCAUUCAAGAGGAAAGUUUAUCCUCUGUUACCCAAGUUUGCUUUGUGAAUAAAAACCUAUAACUCCACCUUAAUUUCCAUUCACUGUAGCGGUGAUUUGAAUUUGGAGUUGCAAUGUCAAAUGUCCCUUUUUUGAUCUAUGCAAAUCUGCUACCAUAGCAAACAUGACCAUGUAAAAACUGCUGUUUCAAUAACACAUCUCUCAACACGUUCAUUUUUGCUUAGCGGCACUGAAAUGGUUAACGGAGACCAUCUCUUAACUGACUGACAUGUCUGUGGCUCUGAUGUUAAAGGAUUUUUUUUGUGGGGCGAUGGGGUGUAAUAUAUGGAACUUCUUCACUGAUGUGUGUGUUUUUCAGACGAGCCUGUUUCUUAACAUAAAGCAUUCAAAACUGUCAAACAUCGGUUCCCAAAUGGAAGAUCCCCAGAUGUUUUAGAACUACAACUCCCAUGAUGCUCUGCAUGCCUUUUGAAUGGUUUAGAAUGACAAAGCAUCAUGGAAGCUGUAGUUUUACAACAUCUGGGGGCCUACCUUUUGGGUACCCCUGCUAUAGUGUGUUUUAUCACAUGAUUCCAGAGUUUAUAAUGUACACACUGAGAUCAUGUGUUUGAGUGACUAACCCUGCAUGUAUGCAUUAUGUUACUGUAAAGGGGAAUUAUUACCACAUGCAUUCUUUGUGUUAAUUAAAUAAAGCAUCAUCAUUUGUAUAAUGGAACAUUAAGUAAUACGAUUAUUAUGUGAGUUUUAGUUGAUCGUUUCUACCCAAAUACCUAUAGUUUUUUUCCUCAUUUCUUGAUUAGAUAAAGCAAUUAAAUUGAGUGUGUAGACUCUGCACAAUUGUGUCUCCUUUAGUCAAAACUGAAAGAGGGUGGGGGGUGAUGUGGGAAUAUAUAGAUCCUUAGUAACCUGAUGUGCAGGGGAUUCAAUGCAGCGACAUCAUCUGACUAAUAGUUUUUGGCAAGAGAAGUGAGGUUUGAUAAUUCCCCUUGAAUCAUAGAUUAAUGUACUUGCUGCUCAACUAAAUCUGCAGCAAGGGAGCUGAAUGUAAACAAUACACACGUUUAUGCCUGCUUAAUAUUUUAUAUAAAAUUGAUGCACAAAAUGUAAUCGCUUUUUAAACACCUGAAUUCCCAUUAUUUUUGUAUAUGAUCAAUGUAUGAUCAUAUACUGUAACUAGAGAGAAUUCUAUUUUCAGUUAUGCAAGUGGCAUAAACAUUUUCACCCACAUAUUGUAUAAGCCUUUCACAUAUGUAUUAUUCUAUACUGUGUGUGUGUGUGUGUGUGUGUGUGUGUGUGUGUGUGCGCGCGUGCGCACAUAGAGCUUAACAUUGCCAUUUGCCACUAGCCAUUGGCAUAUAAAAAUUCAGUCUUGGCGAGUAGACAUUCACACCUGGUAAGCAUGCAGUGACAAUUAACUUUAAAGGCCUGGCUAGUAACAGGGUGUUAUGUGUUGCCACUUUAUUAUGACAUUGCCCAUACCCUAUCACCCUUGAUUUGCAGCCAUGGACACAUGUCCACAUAUACGCACAUGCAUACACACUGACACACACACCAUGACAAAUACAACCAUACAGUUCCAAUGUGUAUCUGGCUAUGUGUAUUUCUGACUGAGUGUGUGUCUGGCAUUGUCAACCUGUGUAUGUGUCUGACAGUGAGUAUCUUUGUGAAUUUCUGUGACAUUAUUUGUGUGGAGAAGCUGAUUGUGGUGUGUGUUGUGUGUCUCUCUUGGUGCAUUGUGUUUAUGGUGUGGCUGUGUGUAUGUAUGAUGAUGACUGUCUUCAAGGGCUGACAGUUAUAAGAUGAGAAGGAGGAUAACUGUGGCAGGGUGAAGAAUGUGAGUGUGACAGGUUAGUGGAGUGACUGUGGGAGAGUGAGUGAGGCAAUGACUAGAGAGGGGAUGACUAUGUAUGAAAGCUGAGUGUUGGGGGUUGACAGUGUGUGAGCAGGCUUUGUUUUUUGUUCAGCUGUUCCACACUGUAUAGUUGUAGUUGUCUGGCAAGCUCUGGCAUUUGAAGUGUUAGAGCAUUACUGCGAUAACCAGCAGCAAUGGUCUGAUUAACCUGAGUACUAGGUACUCCUAGUCUGCAACAGACCAGAGGUUGAUAGACUCUCCCCCUGAGCUAACUGAAUGAAGCAGCCUUGUGCCCGACAGCACACUGGACAAGCUACCAGCCUCCUCCAACGGGUUAGUUUGCAUAGGGCAAAUUAAGGCAGCCACCCUACUGUCCUAAUUAGAGGUCCACCUCUGCAUGUAAGACUAGUCGUGUAUGCCGCGGAGCUCAGUUUUAUUCUUAAUGAAGCUCUUAAAAGGCUUAAGGGUUUAUUCCGUAAUCCAGGUUCUAUGUAGAAUUGAAAAAGGGAACUGUGCAUUCCACGCCAAAAGAGCAAAGCUGGAAAACAGUGGUCCAAGAUGGGGGGAGAAAGAAAGAUAUCUUAUACAAGCCUCCCCAAAAGGUACUUGUACAAUAGCAGCAACCCUAGGUGAUACAUAUAAAGUUAAAAUAUAACUUUUAAUAAAUUGGUUAAAAUAAUAGCAAAGCAUGUAAUUAAAAAAGGGACGUUAACUAGCUAGAGGGUGAUGGAGGUUGACAGGGGACUAGACUGCAGUUGAAAUGAUACUUUAUUUACUCCAGUUUACCACCCAGCUUUGAUGAUUUUACGAUGUAUUACUAGGUAGCCGGUUGACAGUUCAGCUGCCGUUUUAUCGCUGAGAGGAUAAGAUAUUUUGCCAAUUAGGUGGCUAAUAGAGAUGGGAGUUAGGGGGUUAUAUGUUUGGGACUACUGAGAUUACCAUAGACAUGGUCCUCUUAUUCAUACCCUCUAUACCCCUUAGCCAUCAGACAAGGGCAAAUAAGGCUAUUCUUAUAAUUUGUUCUGUGAUUUUAUACCUCUCAGCCUCAAGUACUAUUUAAUUACACGCUUUGCUAUUAUUAUUUUUUUUUUAUUAAGUUAUAUUUUAACCUAGGUUUGCUGCUAUUGUACCAGUACCUGUUGGGGAGGCUUGUAUAAGAUAUCUUUCUUUCUCGCCCCCCACUUAGACCAUUAGUACUCUUUUCUUGGCUUUAUUUAUUAUUAGGGGUUACCCCACAGUUCUAAUCCAGCGACCUGACACUCUCUACUCCUUCUCCACUUUAUUCCAAUGUAAAACUUUUCUAAUUCAACAAUUAGGCCCCAACUUGGUGUUUCCUUUGUCAAUUCUACACAGUUCCCAGUGUAGUGUAUAAAACCUCAAUUCAUAAUGGUAGAUCAGCUGCAAUAGUUAGGUUUUUCUUCUUUCUUUCCUCUUCCGCAGUCCUGGAUUCUUAGCUAGAAACAGGUGACGGAAAAAGAUGAUCUGGCAGGCAUGUGACCAUGUGGACCCAGCUUUGACAAGUUGUUUUGGAACCUUGUAAUUCACUGAAUGCUUCUUGAGUUUUAAAUGAUAGGACGGUCAUUCCUAAAACCACUAUAUGUUUUAAAAUUACGGAUGUAAAGCUGUCUGCAUGACACGUGCUGCUUACUUUGUGCUUUGUCUUUACCCAAGAAUAGAUUUCUUUAAUAUAUAUACACAUUAAAACCCUUACAUAAACAUAUAGGCAGAGACCUCUGAAUGAAUGUAAUCUAUCUUUGUAUUUUGAAUAUCAUAAAGGCCCCACCUUUGCAAUGAAGCUAAUAUCACAUGUCUUUUUGUGUGUGUCCUUGAUACAGUGCUGGCGUGCGGUAGGCCUCAGGCCACAGCAGUAUACAAAGUUUCUGAGUAUGCAAGGAGGUUCGGCGUACCUGUAAUAGCAGAUGGCGGUAUUCAGUCUGUUGGGCACAUUGCUAAGGCUCUAUCCCUUGGAGCAUCUACAGGUAAUUUUUAUUAGUUUACAAUAUUCACAGUGAAAACCUUUCCUAUUUCUUGCAAAUCUAAUUUGUUAUACAAUCCAGAGGUUAUUGAUGGGUUUUUGGUUUUUUAUUCGAAAAUAUAUAUUACAAUCAUGAUUUUGUGGGUUGAUAGGUGACACAUUGUAACUGGUGGCUUAUUUAACAUAACAUACAGUUCGUGCGAGCAUUGCCUUACCAAAUAGUUUUUCUACAUAGGUAGAUAGUAAUACAAGGUAGGGGGAGUUCUGAGUCGGGGUUCCAGAAACUCCGUUGUAGAGUGUUUGUAACAGGCAUAUCAUCAGGAGGAUUAUAAAAUAAAACAUGGGCUAGUUAUUGCAUCAGUAAGACGAAGUCCGCUGUUAAUGGACCUUGUAGAUAUCCAAUGCAAAAUUUAGCAAAUAAAAAAUUACUGGAGAUGUUCUAUUAUACACUUCUUGCAUUUGCUCAUAAUAUGCAUUCCGGCACUAGUGAAAACACAAUAUUUGAGUAAAACAGCCAAUUUUACAAGUUUAGCUAUAUUACUGUCUUUGUAACUCAAAAGAGAAGCACACAAUUUAGACCCUUCUUUAACAUAUCCUGUGUCAUGGUUGACUUGAACUGUAUACCUUGGACUCUAAUUCCCUGUAAGUGAUCAGUAACACUUUGUGGUUUCUCGAUUGUAGUCAUGAUGGGGUCACUGUUAGCUGCCACCAGUGAGGCCCCUGGUGAAUACUUCUUCUCUGAUGGCAUACGGCUAAAGAAGUAUCGUGGCAUGGGAUCGCUGGAUGCCAUGGACAAAAACUCAAGCAGCCAGAAGCGAUACUUCAGGUGAGAGCGCACUUUGAGUCACAAUAGACUAAUUCAUGUUCAAGAAGUCGUUUUUAAAAGUAAGGGAAUGUUAAUUGCAUAAUUGUGAAAUCGCAACCUAACCAACAUUUCAAGCUUGUACUGAAAAUAUGCGGUGCAGUCAGAAAUGUUAUGGUUCAGUAACUCACUUCAAUAACCACACUCGAAAGGGGCAACUGCUCAGCUCCAACCGAUGGUGUAUACUGCAUCUAAAUCUGGUCCCAUCUGUGUGUCAUUCCCUUUCAAAAAAAAUAAAAUCUUUAUGAAAAACUCAGAUUGACUGAGGGAAUGGAUUGAGAGAAAGGGACUCCCAGCUUAUCGUUUGUAGACUUGUCAAACCUUGAGCUUUACAUUUCUUUCAAGCUCUUACUGACGUGUCUCUGACAGAAGCUUUCUUUCAGAUUGCUUGUCUCUUUGUAGAAAGUUAAACAGGUGCCCAGGUCAACCUUCUGUGCUGUAUUCCUGGAGGUUGUCUGCUCGUCCAAUCCAAUGCUUCUCAUAGAGAAGCAUUGAGAUGAGAAGCAUAUGCACAGCAAACACCGAGCUUGUCCUGUCAAAUUCAUCCCACAGGAAAGCAUUGAAUCCAGUGGGCACCUAUAGUAGUUCUUUAGAUUGUGAGCUUGUCUGGUCAGGGCCCUCUACUGUUCCCAUAUGUCAUACAUGUUUUGUUAAAAUGAAAUGUUUAUCUUAUUUCUUAUUGUACAGCUCUGCAGAAUAUGUUGCUAUGUAAAUAAUUGUAAUUAACCCAUGCAAUUACAUAUGAAACGUCAAAGUUGCACAGAACCCCCAUAUGUCCUGUAUUCAGUGGUACUUUCUCAGCUCAGGUCACUGUUAUGUUGACCCACAAUUAUGCCCUGUCAAUAACCUCUGUGCAUUUGCAGUGUAGGAUAACAAGUUGGAUUAAGUACUUAUUGCAUGUUUGUUUUUUCCCCCCCUCUUUAGUGAAGCUGAUAAAAUUAAAGUGGCUCAGGGUGUCUCUGGGGCUGUCCAAGACAAGGGAUCCAUUCACAAGUUUGUUCCAUAUUUAAUUGCUGGAAUCCAGCACUCCUGCCAGGAUAUCGGUGCAAAGAGCUUAACACAAGUCCGGUAAGUGUACAUUUAAAAGGAGGGUGAUUUGCAUGUUUCUUUUCACCCAUCCUGUCCUUACAAUGUAGUUACACGUAUUCAUCUUCUCAGCAAGAACUUAUCUCUUUAAGGGGGCACCAUAACCACUACUGCUCUCUUUUUUUUUUUUUUGCUUUUUUUUUGAGUGGUUUGGCUAAUUUUAUAGUCUGAUCCAUCAUAUAAAUCUGUCCAGUCUAGGGGUGAGUUAGCUGCGUGCUUCAGCAUUUCAUUACUGUCCACGUUGCACAGAGUCACACUUGAUCAUGUGGAAGUUAGUUUUCAGUUUAUCUGUUUACCUUACAUAGCUUUUGCUAUCUGUAAAAACCAUAUAUAUAUAUAUAUAUAUAUAUAAAAAAAAAGAAGAAGCCAUAAAUGGAAACAUAACACGUCUAUGAUAUCGGUAUCCCCGUCACUUAUUUACAAAAGAUAUAUUUAAUUUUCUACACUUUUUCUUUUACUACUAUGGAUUCUUAAGAAUGUUCAUUCAUUAUCGGAUGAAAUUAGGACAUUAUUUUUGUUUUGGAAUUUUAUUUGGAUGAUAUUGGUUUGCAAUUUUUCCUUUUAACACUGAUUUACUAUAUAGUGCAACAAAUACAAGCAUAUCUUUAGUUUUCACCAUUAGUAGAAGGUUUCUCUUGAUGUCUUUGAAAACAUUACAGUAGACAUGGUUUCCGAGUACCAUAUCACAUUGCACCCUAUUAUAAAAAAAAAAAAAAAAAAAGGUCACAGAAAUUAACUUUUCUUUUUUUUCUUUUCUUUCAGAGCAAUGAUGUACUCUGGUGAACUUAAAUUUGAGAAAAGAACAAUGUCUGCACAGGUGGAAGGAGGAGUGCACGGACUUCAUUCGUAAGUAUUUUUUCUGACCGGGACAGAUUUUGAUAUGUUGCUAGGAAGCUAUGUGCACUGAUUUUCUGUCAUAUUGUUUUUUACAAAAAAGUUUUUAAAAAAAGCUCUUCCUGGUACAGAUAUGUCAGACCCUGUGAGCAUUAAACUUUGCGCUAUGUUGGACAAGGAGUGCAUUUGUUUAAGAUGUUGUAUUCCAUAAUGUAAGUUGCAUCUGUACGCUUGCAAUUUUAAGAGUCUGCUCAGUUUAUAGCAAUCUCUAUUUUGUGUUCCAGGUAUGAGAAGAGACUGUUCUAAUGACAUUAAAAUGUGACAAUUUCUUCACCUGAUGCCAGCUGCGACCUACAGCGCAUGAAUGUCUCAACUACUUUCACUGCAUGCCUUCAACAGCGAGUGUUUCUGAUACAGCACUUGCUCGACCUCACUGAAGGGAAUUCUGGCUACUGCAGGGGCUAUAAGAUGAAAGGCUACUAUUACGUACUGUACAGGGAUUUGAAAUAAAACUCCGAAACAUCUCAUUUGGUUUCCUUCAUUCUAGGCCCAUAUGUCGGGUAGAUAUAUGAAGAGGGGUGGGGUUUACUGUAAUUAAAAUAUCUUUUUAUCAAACUGUAUGCUGAGUCUGAACAAUAGACCCCAUUGAUUAAUUAGGCCACGGCUUUAACUAGGGAUGCUCUAAAGAUAUGUUACGUGGUUUAGCACAGAUUGUGAUAUGUGAUAUGGCCAUCUGAACAUUAGACACACACAAUUUUCAAAAUUGUACAACACUACCCCUACUGUGCAGAUUGCAUGAGGCAAGGUGUGGGUUUUUUUGUUUUUUGUUUGGAAUAAAAUUUUAGAGCAAAAAGUGUUUUUCCCCCUUUUUAUUAAAAUUUCUAAUAGGAACCCUUACCACUAUUAAUGUGAAAAUAAUAUUGUUGUAUUAAUAAGGUCAAAUGUCUUUAAAGGCAUAAUGUCAUCUAAAGUAGAGCUGCUCCAAUCAGUCGCACCUACUCGUGAUUACUUGCUGGCAAAUGUCAUUAACUUCUCAAAUUCAAUCUGUACUGAACUAAAAAGGGGCUGCUCACCCAGGCAUUGACUAGGAAUUUGAUAACUUUAGACCAGGACUUGACACUCUUAGUUAAAUUAAUGGCUGAUAAAGGUGUGAGCAAAGAGCCAAAAUUCCAUUAAAUAGAAUAGUCAUGGUUUGUUAAAAAUUCCAUUAAAUAGAGUAGUUUGUACAUUUAUUUUUUUCUAACCUGUAUAUGUGUUAGCAAUUGCAGCUCAAUUUGUUCCAUUUAUUUACGGGAGAAGGAAGCUUUUCAUCUGAUACAUCCCUUUAAACUCGUGCCUGUUUUCAUUAUUUUUAUAUGCAAUUUGAUACUUAACAUGUCUGAUUAAAAUAUCUUGCAAGAGUAAUAGGUGAUUGUUUGCUCUCAUUAAUCAAAUGUACACAUCUUGCUCAACACAGGGCUUUGUUUAAUUCUGUUCACUGGUUAGCAGGAGUUAUAUUAUCCAAUUGUAGAGCUGGGGAAAAUAUAUCGAAGAAAAGUGCUCCGACACCUCACAUAAAGAAUGCCGAUCAAACAUACUAGUAUGCUAGCAUAUCGUGGAGGCAAUCCGUC